GCUGCGGGCUGAAGAGACACAAGGGAAAUCGCUGUCGCCACAGUCGAGGAGCUUCUGCUGCCGCCGCCACCGCCUGCAGCAGCCGGGAUCCUCCGUCUCACCGCCUCCGCUUCGCCGCCCGCGCCAUGCCGUCUGAGAAGACCUUCAAGCAGCGCCGCACCUUCGAACAAAGAGUAGAAGAUGUCCGACUUAUCCGAGAGCAGCAUCCUACCAAAAUCCCAGUGAUAAUAGAACGGUACAAGGGUGAGAAGCAACUUCCUGUCCUGGACAAAACCAAAUUCCUUGUACCUGAUCAUGUCAACAUGAGUGAGCUCAUCAAGAUCAUUAGGAGACGCUUACAGCUCAACGCUAACCAAGCCUUCUUCCUGCUAGUGAAUGGUCACAGCAUGGUGAGUGUGUCCACACCGAUUUCUGAAGUGUAUGAAAGUGAGAAGGACGAAGACGGAUUCCUGUACAUGGUGUACGCUUCUCAGGAGACAUUUGGAGUGAAACUGUCUGUGUAAGACUAGAAAAAUGCAUCUGUCCUUGAAUUUUUUUAAACCCUUACCAAGGAGAAAAAAAGGGAUAUUACCAACUGAAAUUGAUGAGUUCAUCCAAUCACAGAUCAUCAAAACAGUAGUGUUCCUGCCUAGGAGUUUUAGGAAGUUGUUUUGUACUGUAAGCAGAAAAACUGAGCUCCAAAUGAGCACAUUCAGCUUUGGAAAACUACAUGAUUUAACCUAGGCUGUUUUGUUUUCAAAUUUAGAAGUUUAAAAAUAAAAUACUUUGCAUUCUAAGUUGCCAAUAAAAUAGACCUUCACAUCAUUUUUAAUGCUCCUUCCCUAUUAGGAACCUGCAAUUUAAGCAUUCAGAGAGACAUUCUUUACGAGGUUCACUGAACCAGCCAACUUUUUGUAGAAGGGUUUCUAUUCAACUGGGGAAAUACCUGUAAGAGGAUCUUUAAGUUGUCAAGCAUAGUCGUCCCCCGCCCCUCCCAUUUGCUAUAAUCAUUGGCAAAAAGCUGGGAAAAUGGGGGUAGGAAAAC